GUAACGACGCCGACAUGUGGAGGCACACCUGUGUUUAACGGACGUUAUAACUCACCUUUAUUUCGUGUACUCUAGCUGCAGUAUGCGUUCAAAAUAUAAACACGUGUGUUAUUAACGGUAGGCAGUAGGUAGGUAAAGUAGUACUUAGACCUACGCUUAUCAUCCAUUAUCCAAAAUAGCUACUUAUCCGGAAUUCGGGAGUGAAAUGAUCGAUAUUGUUUUACAUGAAAUUCGCAGUGUGCGUUUUCGAAUGAUUGUGUUUUGUGAAGAUAUCAACGUGUUCGUUAGUAACUGGUUUCUUGAAUUGAAAGAGGUCCGUUCCGUGGUCCAGUGAAUUUCAGGCAGCAGAUAUCGAAGAGGUGGAUUGUCAAAACGUCGGUGUGGUAUACGGUCGUUACACCUGGUUUCGUACUCGUACACUAUGCCAUUGUUUAGUCGGAAAAAUUUCAAGAGAGAAGGGGAAUUCGUGAAAAAUGGAAGCAUCGAUAUGGGAUCGAAAGGAAAUGACAACGAAUUGCCUAUACGCAGUUAUAAUAACGUCACGUUACCAGAAUCUUGUAACAAUGUACCGAUACGCGAAAUAGUUAUGACCGAAACCGAGAAACCAAAAUUAAUUUUUCAUUGUCAGCAAGCCCAAGGCAGCCCGACUGGAUUAAUUUCGGGGUUUUCGAAUGUUAAAGAGUUGUACGAAAAAAUAGCAGAAUGUUACGACUUCACAGCGGACGAAAUAUUGUUUUGUACUCUGAAUACUCACAAAUUAGACAUGUCCAAGUUAUUAGGAGGACAAAUAGGCCUAGAUGAUUUCAUUUUCGUUCACAGAAAAGGCCGGCCAAAAGAAAUUGAAAUCGAAAAAUCGGAAGAUGCGUUAGGACUUACAAUCACCGAUAAUGGAGCAGGAUAUUCCUUCAUUAAACGUAUAAAGGAAGGGAGUGUUAUAGAUAGAAUUCAAUAUAUUCAGGUAGGAGAUCACAUAGAGAAAAUUAACGAUGAAAGUAUGGUAGGCCGAAGGCAUUUUGAAGUCGCAAAACUACUUAAAGAUAUCCCUAAAAAUUCUAUAUUCACGUUAAGAUUGAUUGAACCUCUAAAAGCCGGAUUUUGUAAUAUAGAACCAAGAAAUAAUUCUAGACGAGGUAAAAAAUCAAACUAUGGCAGUGGAAAAGAAACUCUAAGAUUUAAGGCGAACGGUAGUGUUCAAAUAGAAAAAGUGCCAGAUAGCAUUGUUCAGUUAGGAUUGGACAACAUAAACCAGUUAUUGGAGAAUUUCUUGGGAAUUAGUGACGACGAAUUAGCUACUCAAAUAUGGGAAGCAGCGGAAGGCAAAUUGAACAGUAUGGAAUUCGCCGAAGCUAUCGACAAUUCUGAUUUAGAAGAGCUCGGUUUCACUGAUGAUUUCAUCAUAGAAUUAUGGGGCGUAAUUACUGAUGCAAGAGCUGGUCGGCUAAAGCGUUAAUGUUAAGCCAUAUUUUAAGCAUAUUUUUGUGAUUAUUUUGAUAAUAUAUACCACCUAUUGUCCUAUGUCUUAUUACAUUCCAUGUAAAUGUUGUAUUUACGUAUUUUAUAAAAUCAAUUCAAUUUUGUUCGAGUAUGAAUGAAUUUAUUUAAGUAGGUAUGCGUCAUUUUUCAUAUGAAUUUUCAAUUUAUACUCAGAAAUAUCUAUUUUCUAAUGCUCAAGUUUCAUCUUUCGCAAUGAUGUUUCCUUUGUUUCACAUAGUAAGUAGGCAGGCCUAUCCGUUUUCAUACAACUACAUUACAUUAUAUUCGAAUCAUUGUUAUUGCGUUUUCUUUAACGAUUUUAUUAUUAGUCAAUUUUUUGUAUAUAAAAAAGAAAUACAUUUUCAUCAAUUUUUCA